ACCACUUACACUGUAGGCGCUCGCCGUCAAUGGAGUUCGUUUGCGCAUUCUUCUGUCUACUGCUCAAAGCUCUUCGGUAGAUCGCCCACAAGCAACAUACCCUCAAACGCAGCAGAUUCCUCACGACCAACUAUACCGGUUUCAACAAUCAUGUCUGGCCAAAUCACCGACCGCGAGAGCACCGACAGUGCGGCACUGGCAUUGCUCGGAAAGAAGCAAGUGCUCAAACGUCGUUUCGGCCUUGUCACCCUGUUUGGCUUUGCUGUUUGCGAACUGAUUACGUGGGAGACGGUUCUUGCAUUGUUUAGCGAGCCUUUCGAGAACGGAGGACCGGGCGGCGCAGUCUAUGGCUAUAUCAUCGCAUGGACUUCGACCAUGUCUGUGUAUACUGUGAUUUCUGAAUUGGCUUCCCUUGCACCUAUCGCUGGUGGCCAGUAUUACUGGGUCUACAUGCUCGCUCCGCCGAAAUGGAAGACCGUGUCAAGCUAUGUUGUCGGAUGGCUGACCACAUUGGCCUGGAUUGCUACAGUAGCAACGGAGACACUCUUCGCUGGUCUUAUGCUUCAGGGCGUCAUCGUCCUUGAUCACUCCGACUACGAGGCGAAGAUGUGGCAAGGAACACUCUUGACAUGGGCAGUUAUCGUCGCUUGCAUUUUUGUCAAUGUAGCCAUUCCGAAUUUGCUGCCCAAAUUCGAGGUCUUCAUUCUGGUCUUCCACUUGGCAGGCUUCGUGGCAAUCGUCACAACCCUCUGGGUCAUGACACCAACAAUUACCCCAAGUCACACCGUCUGGCUCACGUCUCUCAACCAAGGAGGCUGGCCAACGCAAGGACUCUCGUAUUGUGUAGGCUUCCUCGGCAACGUGGCCACCUUUGUCGGCGCAGAUGCCUCCGUCCACCUGGCAGAAGAAGUCUCGAACGCGGCCAAGAACAUUCCGCGAGCCAUUCUCGGCGCUAUGCUCAUCAACGGCGCCGUUGGCUUCGUUAUGAUGGUAACAAUUCUGUACUGUCUGGGAGAUGUCGACUCCGUACUCAACACCAAGACCGGCUACCCAUUCAUCCAGAUCUUCUACAACAGCGUGCAGAACAUUGCUGGAGCUACUGUAAUGACAGCCGUUGUCCUCGCGCUCACCUGGUCCUGUGCUAUCGGCAUUACCACGACGGCCUCCCGCAUGACCUGGUCCUUCGCCCGAGAUCGCGGCUUGCCGUUCUCCAAAUACAUGGAACGAGUAGACCGCAAGACCAAGAUUCCCGUCAUUGCUGUCUUAGUUUGCACCACAAUCGCCGCCCUUCUCGCACUUAUCUACAUUGGCUCAUACACUGCAUUCAACGACGUCAUCUCUUUGACUAUUACCGGAUUCUAUGGCUCGUAUCUUCUGCCCGCAUCGUUCCUGCUCUACCGUCGCCUCAAAGGCCAACUCCUACCUCACGGUAGCCAGACGCACGCAGCCACUCAGACCAUGCAUGAGGGCAUCGAAAAGUUCCCCGAGGUAUCCAAGGAUGGCGCCGAUACUGGGGCUGAAGAUCUCGAUCUCGCUCAGACACCUCUCGUCUGGGGACCGUGGCAUUUGCCUGGUUGGCUGGGCAUUGCGAACAACGUCUACGCAUGCUGUUAUAUGCUCUUCGUGAUUUUCUGGAGUGUAUGGCCACCCUCGACACCAGUCUCGGCAUCGACUAUGAACUAUUCCGUCGUCGUGACUGGCGGUGUCAUGAUCCUUAGUGCGGUCUGGUACUACAUCGGUGGCAAGAAGCAAUACACGGGUCCUCUUAUCGACGACGAAGUCGCAGCGAUCAUGAGAGCGGGAUCUGUGGUCUCAAUACACUGAUUGUAGGACACACACCUGCAAAUCUAAUGCGCAAAUCUAAAAUCCAAUCUCUUCGC